AUGGCGGAUAGUACAAUGAAGAGACCUUUGGGUAUUGUAGAUGAUAUGUCGGUUCGUGUUGUCAAGUUCAUCCUCCCGACGGAUUUUGUGAUUUUUGAUUGUGAACUGGACUAUGAGGUGCCUAUUAUUUUGGAUAGACCUUUCAUUGCUACGGGGAAGGCCCUUGUUGAUGUGGAAGCCUGUAGACUCCAUAUUGGCGGUGCUACAAAAGAGGAAGAGAGCUAUAGGAUGGACAUUGGCAGAUAUUCGGGACAAUGGUGCGAUCUUGUAGUCGAGGUGAUACUUCCAAAGGGAGGGGUGAACCCUCCCGAGGCUGAGAAUCCAGUGAAUAUUUCCCAUCUAGGGAUGCUCGGAGGGCAACUCUCUGCAAGCACAACCCGAUGCACAAUCUCAACCAAAGCAGCUUAUGGUAGACUGCAACUAAGAGAUGAGCCCUCCUACUCUGCUAGCUCUUCUGAGGGUUCGGAAGAGGGUAGCCAAGAUUCAGAGCCCUCUUUCUCACAUGCCCCCGCAGCACCUAUCCCAGUUGAUGAUGAUGAGGAUAUGCUUGAUGACAAUCGAGGGGGUGACACUAGAGUGGGCGGCCUAGAGAGGUCGAAGAAGAAGGAGAUAUGGGAAGAUAGAUUUGUGAGCUUGACCGCCUUCACAAGGUUCAGAGAAUGGCGGCCCCAAAAAUCGCUCACAUUUGAGCGGCAAUUCUUAUUGAAGGAUUUGGAUAAAUACUAUCCAAAUGUCCUUAAGCAGUUCAGGGAGCACAAGGGGUGGAUGCGGUUCACCUAG